GAGGUCUCACAAUAUAAAUAUCCAAGAAAUCCGAUUAUCCGCACUUCAGACUGUAAGCAAGAAUAGCCAUGGGGAUUCUGUCAUGGUGGAAAGGCGACAAAAAUGAAACUCCUAAAGCAACCCAGAAACCCGACCCGAAAACCCAAAUCGCUUCCGACAAGCCGGAGGUUCCAGGCAUGAACGGAGCUGUUGAGGUUUCCAGGUCCAACCCACCGCCGGCCGACAUAACCGUUUUCGAAUUCGGGUCGGUGGCUGCUUCUGCUGAUAAGGUCACACUUGCCGGAUAUUGUCCUGUUUCCGAUGAGCUGGAGCCUUGCCGUUGGGAGGUUUUGCCGGAAAGUGGGUCCGAUGCUCCCCAAUUUCGAGUGUUUUUCUGAUUGGGGAAGGAAAUAAUUUGUAUGGAAUUUCGUGAGGAAGACUUGUGAUUUUGAGUUUUUUAGUUGAAAAAAAAAGGUUCUCUUUUUCCUGUUUCCUGAAUUUAGUGUUAUUUACUGAACAUGGCGUAAUGAAAAAAACCUAAUUUAGUUGGUUAA